ACCGUAGUCUAUGUGGCAUAUAACCAAGUUAUACAUCACGUUUUACGCACAAAUUACUACAUUUACUGCCCGAAGUUUGUUGCAGUCGGUUAUCAAUUUGUUUUAAAAUUACAAAAUGGCCGAUCUUAAGAGAAGACAGCAUCCCAGAGCCACCAGUAAUGUCAUAUCAUCAAUAUUUUUGUUAAUAUGUCUGCCAUAUUUUAUUGGCAAACUUGUCACAGUUUAUGCUCAAUUCAUCGCGCGUGAAAAUAAACACACAACAUGUCAUAAUACACAAUUAUCCCACCAGAAUCGUAGCAAAGCGAGCAAUUAUAUCGCACGAAUAGUUGCGCAAUAUUGUAGGUUCACAAAAUCGCUUCUAAUGCAUUUAUAACGAUUGAAUGGAUUUGUAGUUGUAUCUGCUACCUUGGUGGAAGUUCACGUGCAUGCGUGGUUCAUUGCCAUUUCCCACCACAUCAGUGCUAAACAAGUGUUCGUUAAAGUACAACCUAUCAUUAAUAUUUAGCGGGUUACUUCAAUAUAAUAAAAAUUAACUAGUAAUAAAUUAUGGAAAAAGAAGAAAAAUGCGAGCACAGACGAAAUCCACGAGCUAGAACAAAUAUUUUCUCAAAAUUAUUGUUUCUAUAUAUAAUUCCUGUGCUUUAUAAAUCAUAUAAACGUGGUUUUACAAAAAAUGAUCUUUAUGAAAUACUUAAAGAAGAUGAUUCGGAACGUUUAACCGAUUCAUUGGAAAAUGCUUGGAAACAAGCAAAUAAAAAACAUAAAAAAUACACACUACACAUAGCACUAUUUAAAAUAUUUGGUGUACCAAUUUGUACAACUGGAAUUUUAUUAUUUAUCAAAGAAUUUUCAAGAAUAUUACUUAUUCCCGUCUCAAUUGGACGAUUAGUUACUUAUUUUUCUCAUACCAAUGAAGAGAUUACACACACAGAAGCUUACUUAUACGCAGCUGCCUUAAUUGCAUGUUUGACACUGGAAAGACUAAUUGCUCAUCCGGUUAUGUUCUGGCUGCAACACAUGACGAUGAAGAUGCGCAUCUCAUGCAGCGGACUUAUCUACAGAAAAAUAUUGCAAUUCAAUAAAAAUUCAAUGCAUAAAAUUUCGGUCGGUCAUGUGGUUAACUUAAUGACGAGUGAUGUAAGUCGAUUUGAAAUGGGUUUUCAUUCGUUGCAUUAUAUUUGGAUUGCUCCGAUUGCUACCAUCGCAGCUAUGACUUAUCUAUAUUCGAAUUUCAUAUUAUUCACAGGAACUGUGAUAUUUCUUCGUAGCAAAAUAUCCUAUUGCGCACAGGAACCGUGGUUAUUUUCCGGAAGUAUUCGCGAAAACAUAUUGUUUGGUGAUGUGUAUGAUGAGAAACGAUAUCGCAAAAUAUGUAAAGUCUGCGCAUUGGAAAAUGAUUUCGCUCAAUUACCUCACAGGGAUAAAACUUUGGUGGGUGAAAGAGGCCGAUCUUUAAGUGGUGGUCAGAAAGCGAGGAUAAACUUGGCUCGAGCUAUUUACAAACAAGCCGAUAUUUAUUUACUGGAUGAUCCAUUAUCAGCCGUUGAUACACAUGUUGGAGAAUUGUUGUUUAAAGAAUGUAUUAAAUCAUUUCUGCAUGACAAGAUUGUAGUAUUAGUGACGCAUCAGCUAAAAUAUUUAACAGAAGCAGAUGAAAUACUAAUAUUGAAAGAAGGAAAAGUGGCAGCUUUGGGUGAUUACCACACAGUGCAGAAACUAGGCGUAGAUGAUUUACUUGAAGAAAUCGAAGAGCCUGAUGUACCUGAAGAAGAUGAAACUGAAGUUGUUACUACAACUGUUAGGAAACGUCGAAUUUCGCGACAAACUUCAGUUAAGAGUGAGAAAAGUGAAGAAAAUGCCGGUUCACUUGAAAACAACGCCGAAGAUCCAAUGCUUGAGAAAGAAACUAUCGCGGCGGGCAAAGUAACAUUUACAACUUACAGAAGAUACUUUAAUACUGGAGGUUGUGGAUUGCUGUUUGUCCUGUUUGGAUCGUACAUUGUGUUUGAAGUGAUUACAAGACUCGGCGAUUUCUUCCUGGCGUAUUGGGUCGACAGAGAAAAUGACUUUUCAGCUAGGAAACUUGAAAUGGCGACUGAAUUAAAUUACACUGGUGAAUUAAAUUCCUCCAGUACAGAAAUACCUCUGUUAAACAGUGAAAGACUCGUACUGAUCUACGAGUACACAGGAUUAACAAUAAUAGUAAUCAUAUUGUCAUUAUUUUGCAACAUAUUUGCAUAUUACUAUUUAAUUCGAUCAUCCAGCAACUUGCACAAUAGUAUCUUUGAGCAAUUAACAAGAGCCAAGCUACAAUUCUUCAACACCAAUCCAGUGGGACGUAUUUUAAACAAAUUUUCUAUGGAUAUUGGUAUUAUUGAUGACCUUUUACCAAAUGCAACAAUUGAAGUUUUAAGAAGCGCUUUGAUGCUUUUUGGUACACUUAUUCUGACCAGCAUUGUCAACGCCAUGUUACUUCCAGCUGCACUUGUUUUACUUGUGGUGUUUUAUUUAAUGAGGGUUGUUUAUGUUGGUGCAAGUAGGAAUAUAAAACGGAUUGAGGCUGUUGCUCGAAGUCCGGUUUAUAACAAAAUGACUACCUCAAUGAAUGGCUUGAGCACAAUUCGCGCGUUUGCUGGUGAACAAAUCGCGAUAAAGGAAUUUGAUCGUUUCCAAGAUUUGCAUAGUUCAGCUUGGUAUUCGUUUAUUAAUGCAACGAGAGCGUUUGGAUUCUGGUUGGAUUUACUCUGUGUAUUCUUUCUUGGGAUUGUUACCAUUUGUAUGCUAGCUUUUGAACAAGUUGAGGAAGGUGCAUCUCUUGGAUUGAUUAUUACCCAGUAUAUGGGAUUGUUAGGAGCAUUACAAUGGGGAAUGCGUCAAUGGAGUGAAAUGGAAAACUUGAUGACUUCUGUUGAACGUGUUUUAGAAUAUACACAACUAGACAAAGAACCAUUGCGUGACAAUAAAAUGAUUCUACCAACAAAUUGGCCAGAGGAAGGGAAACUAGAAUUUAAAAACGUAUCGAUGAGAUACACUCUAACUGAUGAUCCAGUUUUAAAAAAUAUCAGUUUUGUUGUGCAUUGUGGAGAAAAAGUAGGAAUUGUUGGCCGUACUGGUGCAGGCAAAUCCUCAAUCAUUAAUUCAUUAUUCCAACUUUACGAUUUGGAAGGUGCCAUUUUUAUUGAUAACGUAAACAUUACCGAACUAUCACUUGCGAUGGUCCGGUCAAAAAUAUCAAUCAUUCCUCAGGAUGCCACUCUAUUUCGUGGCACAAUGCGUAAAAAUUUAGACCCUUUUGAUGAAUACAACGAUGACGAGUUAUGGAGUGCCUUGGAACAAGUAGAAUUAAAAGCAAGCAUUGCCGAAAUGCCACAGGGAUUACACACAAACAUCGCCGAAGAAGGAUCAAAUUAUAGCGUUGGUCAAAGGCAAUUAAUUUGUUUGGCGAGAGCGAUAAUCCGAAGAAAUCAAAUAUUAGUGCUCGAUGAAGUGACUGCCAACGUGGAUCAACAAACGGAUGCGUUGAUUCAGGAAACAAUCAGAAGACAUUUUGCAAAUUGCACGGUGUUAACCAUCGCGCAUCGUUUAAAUUCGAUUAUUGACUCGGAUAAAAUAUUAGUAAUGGACGCUGGUGAAGUCAUCGAAUUCGACACGGUGCCAAAUCUAUUACAAAAAGAUAAUGGCAUAUUUAAAGGUAUGGUGGAGUCAAGUGGGAUGGAUAUAGCUAAAAUAUUAAAAUAAUAUCGGCAAAGUACAAUGAAAAUAAAAACAAUCAUAAACUUUUA